GUUAAACAUAAUUAUACAACAAUGAAAGAUACUACCAGACGUAUAUUUGAAAAGGAGAACCAAGCAGAAGUCUCUAAUAAUAUUGACAAAAGAGCUAAUUAAAAAUCAUUCACUCAAUUGGUCUCAUUAACAUUGCUAAAUAGAUAACCAAAAAUUGAAUUCAAGAGCAUAGACAUCAAACAACAACCUUAGCAAUAAAACUAUUUAACACAAAGAAAUCCAAAUGUAUCAAGUCUACAUUAUAGACCAGAAGUGAAGUAAAAAACAACUGUUUCUACAACUGAAUAAAUUUUUUCCCCAAUUACAGUGAGAUAGACUACCUCAAUUAGUUAAUGCAAUCAAGACAAUUUAAAUAAAGAAUAGAAGAAUCCUUAAAAUAAAUUGGUUUAUCUUUAUGGAGACAAUAUUCUUAUUAAUUACUAGGCCUAAGACUCUAUUUAGAAGUGUGAGUUUUUAAAAAAGCAUACAAUAAGCAAUAAUUUAAGAGCCAAGAUGGUUGAUUGGAUGGUUGAAGUCUUAACAUCAUACAAAUGUAAAGAUUAGACUUUUUUCAUGGCUGUAAGAUUGAUGGAUACAUUCUUACAUUUAACAACCAAAUAACAUGUUCCUCAAGAUUUACAUCUUGUUGGUGUGACUUGUAUGUUCAUUGCCAGUAAGUUUGAAGAGAUUUACCCAGUAAAAUUACAAAUAGUACAUGAAAAAAUAGCACACAAAAAGUUAUCGAAGGAUGAAAUUAAAGACAAAGAAUGCUAAAUAGCUUAGGCUUUAGAUUUUAACUUUGUUGGGACAACGAUUUCAGAAAUUAUUACUAUGACCUUACAACUGAUAAAUUAGUAUUAGAAACUGCAUUAACUUGUUAUCUACUUAGCUAAAAUAGUUUUAUACGAUUAUGAACUAAUUAGUUAAUAUAAUUAUUCAUCAUUGUCAGCAGCAUGUAUAAUAAUUGGAUGCAAUCUGUUAUGUCAAGAAUCUAGUGAUGAAAUUAUCUCUUAAACUUUACAAGUGCUUAAUGUUGACAAGGAUGAAACAGUAGAAUUAUCAAAUAAAGUAUUAAAUUUAGCCAAGAAUUUUGAUAAACUAUUUCCAAAUCUAGAAAAUUUAAAGAAGUUCAACAAAAAUUCAACCUUAGACAUAAUCAAACUAUAAAAAUGA